AUGGGGAUGGAAUUGUUGGCUUUGAAUUCAUCACCACUAUGCAAUGUUACUCCAAGAACUAGGAGGAGAAUUCAUCACACACCCAACAAUUACAAGGCUUCCGUGGCUAUGAUGAUGGCAUCUGCUUCCAAGGUUUCCGUGGCUAUGAUGAUGACAUCUGCUUCCAAGGUAUAUGAUUCAGUGUUAGAGAACAAAAAGCAUGUCCUUUUAACCUCUCUUCAAGACACACAAAGAGGACUCUUGACAACUCCUCAUCAACGUUCUUCUAUAGAACAAGCACUAGUGAAUGUAGAAGGAACCAACGUCGGUCAACCAAUUGAUUUCAACAAACUCGACGGAACCUGGCGCCUCCAAUAUACUUCUGCUCCUGAUGUUCUCGUUCUAUUCCAAGCUGCUGCUACACUUCCUUUCUUUCAAGUCGGACAGAUAUUUCAGAAAUUCGAAUGCCGUCAUAACUCUACCGGAGGCAUCAUUCGCAACGUUGUCCGUUGGAGUAUUCCAAAUUUCUUCGAGUUGAAAUGCAGCAUUCAGAUAGGGUCAAACUGCAAUUUGACAUCCAAUAAGACAUAUCUGGUCCUCCAAUACUUCAUGGAACCAUCAUUGCAGGUUUUUCUUCCACAUCCUUACAUUACAUCUGUCAAAGUUCAAUGGAGGGUGUUCGAGAAACUUUUUACUGAUUUUCGUGAUUGCUUCAACCAUUUAGAAUAUUAUGAUAUGUUGGCAUGUGCUAAAAGUAGGUUUCAGCCAAUACCAUCUACUUGA